AUGGCUUUGGCAUCGUUUGUUAUAAUCAACAGCCGGUGGCGACCGGCCCUUCUAAGACAUUGUGAGUACGACGACUAUGCACAGCUUCGGAGGUUUAUGCCAAAAGAGCUGUUUGAAUCUCGAAUGCAAAAUAUAAAGCAGCUUGUAUCGACUGACUUUCCACAUGUAUGGCUUGACACAUAUUUGUUUGUACUUGCUAUGGUACUUGUUAUUCUCGCCGCUAUCUUUGCCGUUGUUGCAGUGGAGCUGUCCAUCGAAACUUGGUACCCGCUUUGUAUUCUUGUUGUGCCUGCAAUCAUAGCAUGUUGGACUGCAAGACGCCGAGGAUUGUAUUUUAUCAAAUUAAGCAAGUUCUAUGAAAAACUUGACGAGUGUCUCAAGAACAUGACGGUUUUGGAUACGAGUCAUCGACUCAAAUGGGACUAUCGGUCACCAAGAGAUAUCGAAAGAUCAUUUGACUUUUCGACGGCAGCAGCAAAGAGUCGAAAGAACGAUGCCGUUAUUCUCAUCAUUGAAAUUACACGGAUCAACAACGCCAUCGACAGACGCUCGAGUACUCAUCGGCAAAGGGACGAAGAAGAGGAGGGGCUGCCAAUGUAUAACACAAUAUCUCAGGAUCUGAUACUCGACAUCGGCCCACCUUCCAUGGAAGAGCACGAACGCUCAAUGUUAUCUUUACCACCACCUGUUUACAGAAGUCAUGUCACUCUGGCCUCGUCAAGAGGCUCUCUGCAACACUAUCUACAGCAACAACAGCAUUGA